CUUGAUGAGAAUUUGAUAAAAAUUUUCGAAAUUUCGAAAAAUAACUGAUAAUUGCAUGCUGUUUUUUAAACGAUUGAAUAUCCGCUUUAAUAAUUGCAUUGAAUAUUUAAUAUUCAUGAAAUGAGAACAACUCGGGAAUCGAAUUGUUGUAUCUACACCUACAAAAAUUAUGUCAGUAAUAAUGACAGCAGUAACAGUUGAAAACUACUUAUCGACAGAAUUAUAAGCAUUGGAAUUUGAUACAGAAAAGUAAGGACACCAGAGAGUAAUAAUCAAAAGCAUUGAGAUCGAAGGCAGAAUGGAUGAACUAGUCGAAUUAUUUCUGUUUUGCGGAGUGAUCUAUUAUCUUCUUAAUUUUAGAGCCACUGAUAUGGUGGAUGUAAUACAAAAUCGGAUUCAAGAAGUCUAUGCAAAUUGGGAAUCCAAUAAAGAUUCAAAUAUAUUAUCUUCUAACAAUGAUUCAACAGUAACUUCAAGUGAACCUCAAAGAGCUGGAUCGCUUAUUCAAAGAAAAAUUAUUAAAAACAAAGAAUCUUGUCGAGUAAUACGUAAUAAUGCUUUAUUUCGUAUUAAGGAAUCUGAAGUUUCAAUCGCAGAUCCAACUAAUAAUUUAUCUUUUUUAUAUUACUGUUGUAGUAGUUGCACACGAACAUCAAGGGGUUCUUUAGUCAAUAUAGCAACAAAAAAACAUCGGUCAAAUUUGUCGAAUCUCCUCGUUGUUGAACAGAAACCAAAUAUUUUAUCUAAAAUUUUUGGACAUAUAUUUCAAGUGUACGACUUUAAAAAAUAUAAUUAUCCAAAGGUUUCUCAUGUUGUACUCAACGACGACAGAUUAAAAGAUGCAAUACGCCAGACAGCACGAGACAUUUCUAGAGCUGACGGUUCAUCCGAGGAUAAUGCCGCAUCCAAAUUGGAAAAGCGUGCACGCUCGAUCUUACAAAAAAUGCAAAGUACGUUGAGCGAUUUACUAUUAAAGAUAACUGCGUGGACGCUGUAUAAGUUGCUGCCAUUUUUCUUACACUCGGCCAGUGUUCAGACUUGUCAUAUUGAAAUGUUGCAAGAGGCUAAUAAAACCAAUCUACCACUAAUAUUUAUGCCUCUGCACAGAAGUCAUUUAGAUUAUAUAAUGAUUAGCUUCCUCACAGUCACAAACAAUAUUAGGUCACCAUUGGUAGCUGCGGGUGACAACCUACGCAUUCCGUUAUUUGGGUGGCUCAUGAGCGGGCUCGGAGCCUUUUUCAUUAAACGGCGUAUGGACCCCAUAACCGGUAGACGUGAUGUCGUAUAUCGUGCAAUUCUGCAUACUUAUAUAAUGCAGUGUCUUCGUGCCGGUCAUAAUAUGGAAUUUUUUCUCGAGGGCGGUCGUUCACGUACCGGAAAACCGUGUAUGCCCAAAAGUGGAAUACUCAGUGUUAUUGUUGAUGCAUAUAUGGAUGGUACAAUUGAGGAUGCACUACUCAUUCCAGUAUCUAUGAACUACGAAAAGCUUGUGGAUGGAAAUUUUGUAAGGGAACAACUUGGUAUGUCUAAGAAAAUGGAAACCUUUGGCUCAACCAUCAGAGCUAUCUGGGCUACUCUAAGGGGUAACUACGGUAUCGUUAAAAUUGAAAUUUGUCAGCCAUUUUCCUUGAAGGAAAUGCUAAAAUGUUUCCAAAUGCAACAAAAUAAAGUAGGUCUUCCUAGUCCGUCACAGAAACAAUUGAAAACAACUACCUCUACAUCUUCGUUAUAUGGAACCGAUAUUGUUAUAGAAGAACAUAGACAAUUAGUUGAUAUGAUAGCGCGUCAUGUUAUUUAUGAUUGCUCAAAAUCGACACCUAUUAUGUCAACUAAUAUAGUUGCUUUUCUACUACUUAAUAAGUUUAGAGAUGGUUGUACUAUAGAGUCACUGAUAGAAGCUUUUGAUGAAAUGAGACGUGAAUUUGAACGGGCUAAAUGUGAUGUUGCAUUUUGUGGGGAAACUGUUGAUAUAAUUAACCAUGCUACCGGAAUUCUCGGGCCAGGCUUGAUAAAACAGCAGAGACAAGACAUAAUCGAAUCAGUCGAUAAUCAGCCCAGAAAGUUGAAGACGAUUAUUGUUAUUAAGCCUGUGUGCAUUCUACCAAAUGUGAUCGAAUUAGCCUAUUACAGCAACACAGUCAUUUUACAUUAUUUAAUGGAAAGUGUUGUAAUUACAUCUCUUUAUGCUGUAUUAAAAUCGCAAAUGAACGAUCCACAAGCAAUUAUUGAUAACGAUAUUACCAUUUCACAAAGUGUUUUAGUAGAAAAUGCCCUUGUUGUAUGCAAUAUUUUAAAAUAUGAAUUUAUAUUCUGUAAACCUUGUCAGAAUCUUGAACAAGUUAUUAAUGAUACGAUAGAUAAUUUAUUGAUAUCAGGCAUUAUUAUUAGGAUGGAGGAUGUUCUUUCAAAUCAAGAAGUAUGGAAUCAAAACAUUUCAAAAGAUUUGGAAAAUAGAUCUGACGAGGAAAACAGUAUACAUAAUGUUAAUGAAAAUGUACAGUUUAAACUUAGCUUAAUUUCGGAACAUUCCAAAAGAAUGGAAUUUCUGCACAUGUUAUUACGGCCACUAAUAGACACUUAUGUGAUAAGCGCUUUAUGUUUAAAAAAACUAGUCGAGAAAUCUAUUUCCGAAAGAGAUUUCAUACAAGAAAUAUUGAAUGAAAUUAAAAUAAACAUAGAUCAAGGAAUCGUUAAUUAUGGAGAAAGUUUAAGUGUCGAUUCAAUUAAAAAUUCAUUAAAACUUUUCGAAAAAAAUAAUAUUCUAGAAUGUCAGUUACAGAAAAAUAUUAAAAUUUAUUAUUUAAAUGAAGACUAUGAUAAUGAUACAGCCACUAAUGAAGUCUACGAAGUGCUCGCAGCUUAUAAAUGGAUGAGAAAUAUCGACUAAAAGACUUAUAUUAAAAGUUCUUUAUUAUGUAUUGGUUCCUAAAAUUUUGUGAAAUAUGAGAAAUGUUAAAAUAACACUUUUUUCAUAUUGGAAGAAAUGUCGAUAAUAAUCAACCGUGUAUAGAUAAUUGGAUUUAAGUCCAAAACGAAAAUGUAUUAUUAGAAUCAUUAAUAUUGUAUAAAUUUAUUUUUUCAAUCGAAUAAUUUAAAAUAGAAUGGUUAAGAAAUU